CUCUUAUAGCAAAUUUAUAGAUAGCACGUCGCUGAACCUUGUUUGAUAGAACCUCGUGACCACCGGCCGAACUUUGGCCAACUCGCGACCCACGCUUAUUUAUCUGUCCUUGGCGUUGCUGGGAGCCUACUCGUGAUUUUAAAUUAUUCGCUUCGCGUCUUUCGCCGGAAUGCCUGUCUUAUCGACAGUAUGAGACACCGUCUCUGGAGCUUGUUGCUUCUCUGCAGCUUUGCCCUGCUCGCGCCAGCAAGAGGGCAAGGCGCAGAGGGGCAACCAGGACAUCUUGACGGUCAGGCGGCGGGAGAGGGCUGGCGCGCUCACGAGGCUGUGCCAGGAGCAGCAACGGGCGAGCCGCACCAGUGGCAGACUUGUGUUGAUGGUGCAUGUAGCGCCGAAGCAUCUGCGGGGGCGCCUGGGCAAUACCAGGCGGGCGGCCAAGGCUACGCUGGUGUGCCCGACCCACAUGGAGCCCAGCCGGAGGCCGCUGACCCACAUGGGGCCCACGAUGCGGCGGCAGCCGACACGUACGCGGAUGACUUGAGGUACGCCGCCGCUUACGCCAGCAUGCAGGACUUCGCGUAUGCUGGCGAGGAUCUGGAAGCAGCCAUGGCGGUGGAGGAGCAGCUCUACUACCCUGACCCGGAGGAGCUCCAACGGUAUGAGCAGGAGCUGCAGGAGCUGCAGCAGGCGGAGCAGCAACAGCAGUACCCGCAUCAACACCAUAGCGAUGCUGCGGAGCAGCUGAGCGGCGGCCAUUAUGCGGCUGCUCAAGCCGAUGAGGUGUACACCUCGGGCUCGGAAGAGGUGUUCUACCCGGACCCCGAGGAGCUGCUAAUGUAUGAGCAGGAGCAGCUCCAGGCGGAGCAGCGGCUGGAGCAGCAGCAGCAGCAACAGCUGCAGGACCCGUACACGCAGUAUGAGCAAUUAGAACAGCAAGACCCCUACGCGCAAUAUGAAGAGCAGCAACAGCAGCAACAGCAGCAACAGCAGCAGCAGCAGCAACAUGACCCGUACGCGGCGGCUCAGUACGAGCUGCAGGAAGACCCGUAUGCGCUGUACGACCAGCCGCCGGGCGAGCCGUUCGACGGGUCCACCUACGUGGCCGGGGAGGAGCAGAUCUUCCAGCCCGACCCAGAUGAGCUUCGCAUGUACGAGCAGGAGAUACAGCAGCUGCAGGCGGACUCGCACCUUGCCGCCGAGUCAGCGACGAUGUACGAGUUUGAGGUCGCCUCGCAUCAUCAGCACGCGGACGCCGCAGCAACGGACUGGCCAGGCAGUCAGCACGACGCAGCCGAGCACGAGGGCGCUGGGGCUUGGCAGGAGGAGCCUGGCGCGGGGUACACGGAUGUCCCGGCAGCUGGCAGUGGGGACUAUGAUGCUGACUUUCAGGAGGCCCUGCGUGCAGAGCAGGCGGCAGAGUAUCAGCGGCAGUUUGAGGAGCAGCAAAUGCGCGACCUGUACCUGCAGCAGCAACAGCAGGAGCACGGGCAGGGGGUUGCUGUGGAACAGCAGGGGCAGCAGCAACAGCAGCAUUUUGAGGCAUACAACCAAGAGGCAGCUGCAGGAGAGUAUUAUGCUGAGCCGCAGACCCAGCAGCACUGGGAUUACGCAGGCCAGCACCAGGAGCAGUACCAGUACGAGGAGCAGCAACAGGACGCUGCUCAUGACGCGGACGUUGCUGACGCACAUGCUGUGCCGCAGACCCAGGAGUGGGGCGUCGAAGGCCAGCAGUACCAGCAUCAGCAAGGCGGUCAGGAGGGCGUGCCCGCGGGCGGGCAUGGCGGGAACGGCUGGGGUGCGGCUGGUGGCGUUGCCGCUGGCGAAGCUCAGCAGGUGCAGCCCCACCAGCAGCACCAGCAUGAGCAGAUGCAGCAGCAUGCAGGCAGCGAGCCGGUGCAGGUGGACGGGCACCCGCACGAGCACGCGCGGCAGAUUCACCAGAUGCUGCAGCAGGAGCAGGAGCAGGCGCAGGCGCAAGAGCUGGCGCAGGAGCAGGGGCAGGAGCAGCAGCCGGCGCAUGCCACGGAUGCGGAGGCGUCGGCGCUGGUCGACCAGGCGGCGGCUGCGGGGCACAGCACCUCGGAUGCCAGCGCUGUGGACGCCGGCGGUGCAGACGCCGGCAACGCGGUCGCUGGCAACGCGGAGGCCGUGGCUGACUCUGUGUCGGGGGACCAGCCGCAGCGGCCGCCGCUGCCAGCCACGCACGCCCAUCUGGAGUUUCGCAUCAAUUCGGCGCUGGGCGACCUGAAGCCGGAGGAUGUCCAAAAGAUGGUCAAGAGUGCCCAGAAGCUGCUGUACGCGGAGCCCACGGCGCGCAACACGCGUGACGGCGCGGCGCGACUGCGUGAGGUGGACGCGCUGGUGCAGAAGGCGCUCCCCAACGAGCCAGUGACGCGUGCGCCGUGGCCAGCGCCACCGCCUCCCCAGCCUGUGGGCGGCGAGGGCGCCGAAAGUGCCGUUUCCGAGGCGCCCAUCCCGCUGCCCACGCGGCCGCCGCGGUCGCUGGCCAACGAGGUGGCCACCAACCGCAUCAACGGCCUGUUCAAGGCCGCCACCGCCACCUUCCAGCUGGCGGCGCUGCGGGAUGCCGGGCUGCUGCCGCAGGACCCGCAUCAAGAGGAGCAGCCCGCAGCUGCGGCGAGCGGCGCUGAGGGGCAGGCGGGCGAGGCGGGCGCUGCAGGAAACACCCAGGCAGCCGAGCAGACCCCUGGCGCCGGCGCAGGCACGGGCCUGGCGCCUCGCGACCCGCUGGCCACCAUGGUCGGCCUUCAUCAGGCGGCGCGGGCUGGCAGUCUGGAGGCGCUAAUGGCGCUGGCUGACCGCCAUGCACAGGGUGUGGGGGCGCCCGCCAGCUGCCCGCGCGGCAUGCAGUUCGCCAAGGUGGCGGCCAUGUACCUGCUGUCGGAGGUGGAGAAGGAGCAGAGGUACGCCGCGCCGCUGAUGCCCGUGUCGCUGCGUGAGCGGCACGCGGACGGCGGCUAUGUGGCGGCGGAGGACGCUGAGAACGGCGCCGACGUCAUCAGCCUGGAGGAGGACAUGGCCAUGCGCGGCAACCCCGACGCCCAGCGGCGCAUGGCCUACCGGCGGCUGGUGGGCCGCGGCAUGGAGGCGGACCCGGAGGGCGCCUUCCACGACUUCCAGGCCGCCGCGGCGCAGGGCGACCCCUACGCCAUCUUCAACAUCGGCUACAUGUACCUGCGGGGCCUGUUCGUGCCCCAGAACUACACAGCCGCCAAGGAGCAGUUCGAGCAGGCGGCGGCCAAGGGGCUGUCGUCAGCGCACAACGGCCUGGGCGUGCUGGCCUGGAACGGCCAGGGCAUGCAAGCCAACCUGACCGCCGCGCGCGAGGCGUUCGAGCGCGGUGCGGCGCUCAACAACAGCGACUCGCUCUACAACCUGGCCACCAUGCACUACCACGGCGCCGGCACGCCCGUCAACCAGUCGCUGGCCAUUGAGUACUUCAAGCGCGCCUUCGAGCACGGCCACUGGCGGGCGCCGUACAUGCUGGCGCUGGCGCACGAGGCGGGCGCGGGCGUGGAGCCCAACUGCACGGCGGCGCUCAAGUACAUGCGCGCCUUCUUCACCGACCGCUCCGCCUGGGGCGACCAGCUCACCGCCGCCGUCAAGCUCCUGGACAAGGGCGACACGUGGGGAGCGCUGGUGUCGUAUGUGCUGGUGGCGGAGCAGGGCAGCACCACCGGCGCGGCCAACGCGGCGUGGCUGCUACGGCGGCGCGCCGGGUACAACGGCCCCGACGCGGACGUGAUUGCCGCCAAGUUCUUUCACAGGGCCGCCCGUCAGGGGCACAGCCCCAGCAUGGUGGAGCUGGGCCACAUGAUCCUGGCCGCCGCGCCGCCCUGGACGCCGCCGCCGCCUCCGCCGGCGAGGGAGGCGGAGAAGGAGCCAGCCAAAGAGGAGCCAGCUAAGGAGGAGCCGGUGAAGGAGGAGCAAGCAAAGGAGGAGCAGGCGAAGGAGGAGCCAGCUAAGGAGGAGCCGGCGAAGGAGGAGCAGGCGAAGGAGGAGCAGGCGAAAGCAGAGCAAUUGCAGACAGAGAGCAGCGAGCACAAACCAGCUGAAGCCACGGAGGCGGCUGCCGCUGUGGGCUCAGAGGUCCAGGGCGUCGCCCAGGAGGCUGCCGCCGGCCAGCCUGUUGCCGAUGUGGCCGCCUCGUUGGCCCAGCAGGACGCUACCGCGGCCACGGACUCGACCUCACCCAGCAGUGCAGACAACAGCGCAUCUGGCUCCGCGGCGGCGGCAGCCGCUGACGCCGGCGCUGCGGGCGGCGCUGCUGGUGUUGCCGACGGCGCUGCUGCAGACGGCGCUGCUGCUUCUGCGGGUGGCGCUGCUGCUACCGACGGCACUGCUGCAGACGGUGCCGCGGCAGCCGGCUCGACUGACGCCAGUGCUACAGCUGCAGGCACCGCCGCCGAGGGUGCGGGCGGCGCAGCCGCCACCGACGCCUCCGCCGGUGCCGGCGCCGCCGUGGGCGCCGCCGCCAACGCGGCUCCGACGCCCAACGCAGCCGACGCCACCCAGAACGUCACCGUCGCCAAUGGCACCUCGCGUGUGCCCAAGUCCAUGUACGACGCGCCGCCGCCGCCGCCCCUGGUUGAGCCGGGGCCGCUGCCCACGGGUCGGGUGGUGCUGGGCGUGACCACGGCCGCCGAGGCGGUGGCCUGGUACCGCGCGGCGGCGGCGGCGGGCGACGCCGAGGGCCUCUUCUACCUGGGCUGGGCCACCUACCACGGGCUGGGCACGCCCGAGAACGCCACCUUUGCACGCCUCCUGUGGCUGCGCUCCUUCGAGGUCGCGGGCAUCCGCUCCACCCGCGCCAUGGCGCCGCUGCUGGCGCUGGCCGGCAUGCGGCUGGACGGCUGGCUGGCGCCGGCGCUGGGGCCGCACGCCACCGCGCGCCUCUACAACAGUCUUGAGCGUGGCCACGAGGCGGCGAUGGCCUGGGCGCGGCAGUCGCCGCUGAUGGAGAAGCUGGGCGCAGCUGCCGGCAAGGCGGCGGGGGCGCUGCAGAAGCUGCUGGUGGCCGCGCCCGAGCAGGGAGCUGGCGGCGUGGGCGCAGGAGAGGGCGCUGGGGCGGGUGGGGAGGGGGAGGGAGCGGAGGCGGGAGACGGGGUGGGAGGGACUGGCGGCAGGGCGGGGUUGGAGAGCGGCAUCGUGGCCCUGUGGGGCCGCUUCCUAGACGGCGUGGCCGCCAGUGCCAGGUACGCCUGGCGGCGCGUGGAGCGCGGCGAGGUGGCGGAGCUGGCGGCGGAGGCGGUGGGCACUGCGCGUCGCUGGCUAGGAGCUGGCAGCAGCGGCGGGAGUAGCGACGGCAGCAGCAGCGAAGGCGGCGGUGGCGCGCCGCCGCCGCCGCCGGGGCUGCUGGCGAGUGAGAACGCCCUAAUGGCUGCCAUGACGGUGGCGCUGGUGAUAGUGCUGGUGGUGCGGCGGCGGCGCCUCGCGGGCCGGACGGCAUGAGCGGCGGCGCCGCGUUUGCUAGGUUAGUAGCCGUGUGCGUGUGUGCGUGUGAUCAAGCUUGUGUGCAUAGGUGUGUGACCGCAGGCUGGCGUCAAGAGGGUUCAUGAACAUCGUGACACUGCGCAUGGAGACAUUGAUCAGGCUUGAGGUGUGCAUGGGUUCCAAAGCUCCGGAGGGCUUGGUUGGGAGGAGUGAUCACUGACACCAUCAUGACCUAAAGUGCAACACUGUUUCUUGGUACUUGGAACGCACUAAACAGACACAGUGCGGGGCUGGACUGGUGGCACUGGUCAUAGCAGGCAUGGCAAGCGCUUUCUUGUGUGCAGAACGCGCACAGCAUGUAACGUGAGGUUCUGCUCUUGCAGUGAAAGCAUGAGUUGUUGCAACUACCCAGUGUCGGCUGUAAGCUGAUUGUGCU